AUGGCAGGAACUGUUUUGCUCACCGGUGCUUCGGGAUACAUUGCUCUCCACAUCCUCGACCAUGCCUUGAAAAGAGGUUAUUCAGUCAUUGGGACAGUUCGUUCCACUGAAAAGGGAGAGCAGAUUCUCAAGAACCUUCAUGAAAAAUAUCCUGAAACCAAAUCCUUUGACUUGACGUUUGAAAUCGUUGAAGAUAUAGCUGUCGAAAAUGCAUUUGACGGUGUGAUCAAAAAACGUGGCCCUCAAUUAGACUAUGUUCUCCAUACUGCAUCCCCCUUCUCCUUUGGUUUUACUACUACCUAUGAAGAAGCCCUCUUGAAACCGGCUAUUAAUGGAACUGCAAACAUUCUCAAGGCUGUCAAAGAGUACGCUCCAAAUGUUAAAAAGGUGGUUAUCACCUCAUCUUUAGCUGCCGUUUUAGACAUGGACAAAUUGGAAGAUAAAUCCCAUGUUCUUACCGAAAAAUGCUGGAAUCCCAUUGAAGUCGACCAAAUAAAAGAUCCAAUGAACGCUUAUAGGUGUUCUAAAAAACUUGCUGAAAAGACUGUCUGGAAAUUUGUUGAAGAAGAAAAGCCCUCGUUUAAAGUUACCACUGUUUUGCCUCCUUUGGUCAUUGGUCCUCAAUUGUUUGAUUCGGAUGCUAAAAAACCGGUGUUAAAUGUGUCUGCAAAUAAAGUCAACGUCUUGUUACAAAGUAAAUAUACCCCAGAAUAUGAAUCCUAUAAAACAAUGUCAUUUUUGGGUACUGAUGUUCGUGAUAUUGCUGAAGUCCAUAUGAUUGCUUUAGAAAAACCUGAAACUGAUGGCCAAAGACUAUUGUCGAUUGCCGGUAUUUAUGGCGAUCAAUUAAUUUUGGAUUUGAUAAAUGAUAACUUUCCUCAAGCAAAAGGUAAAAUUGCUGUUGGUGAUCCGUCCCAGACUCAAGCUAUAUUAAACACUGGUCCAACUUAUGAUAUUUCUGUUACUCUCGCUUUAACUGGAAUUAAAUUCAUAACACUUGAACAAUCCAUCAUCGACGCUGCUGCUCAAAUUCUUAAAGUUAAACCUGAAAUUUUAAAUAGAGAUUAA